AUGGCAGUCAGCGAGCGAGCCCUGAGCUCUGUCCUAGUACGAGAAGAGGGAACUCAACACCCGGUCUACUACGUGAGCAAGCUCCUGAGAGGAGCAGAAACUCGAUACACGCCAUUAGAAAAGAUGGCAUACGCCCUAGUUACCACCACGCGGAAGUUGGUCCCAUACUUCCAAGCCCACCCAAUAGAAGUACUCACCGACCAACCGCUCGCGGGGAUACUGAGAAACCCGAUGUCCUCUGGCCGAAUGAUGAAAUGGGCCAUAGAAUUAACACAAUACGGAAUCGAGUACAGGCCCCGACCUUCCAUCAAGGCACAAGCACUAGCAGACUUCAUAGUAGAAUGCACAACGCAGGAUCGGAGAGGAAAAACAAAUAACGACGCCCCAGAUGAGUGGUGGGAACUAAAUGCAGACGGGGCAACCAGCGCCAAGCACUGCGGAGGGGGAAUAAUGUUAACCACGCCAGAAGGGUUCAAGGUGUAUUACUCCCUGGAAUACCAAUUCAAGGUGUCCAACAACGAGGCAGAGUAUGAGGCAGUAAUCGGGGGCAUAAGACUGGCAGUCGCGCUAGGAGCGCGCAACCUGCGCAUCAAGACAGACUCGCGACUAGUGGUAGGACAAAUGAAAGGCACAUUUGAAACUAGAGGGGAAAAUUUAAAGAUGUACAAAGAUGUUACGGAAGGCUUAUUGGAAAAAUUAAAGGCGCAUGAAAUACAACACGUGCCCCGAACAGAGAACGUAGAAGCAGAUUUAAUGUCCAAAAUAUCCCUAGGAGGAGUCCCAGUGCACUUGUCACAGGUUUGCAGAAAGGAGAUCAUCUACGCACCUAGUACAGAAUCCCUCAUAGUAGCCUCCGUCACCUCAACAGGCGUGCCUCCCCUACCCAAAUGGAUGGAGGAAUUAACAAACUACAUCACCAAAGGAGAACUUCCGCUGGACCCCACGCAGGCGGCCAAAAUCAAACGAAGAGCUCCAGCUUACCGGCUGGAAGGUAGCCAGUUGUAUAAAAAAUCUUUCGGUGGCCCGCUACUGAAAUUCUUACAGCCCAGCGAAGCCGAACAAGUAAUAGAAGAGGCCCACAAAGGCAUAUGCGCCGCUCACCAAGGAGCCAAUACCUUAGCAAGGAAAUUACUGAUCCAAGGCUAUUACUGGCCCAACAUGGUCCACGAUUGCAUUCAAAAGGUCCAGAAUUGCCAUACCUGUCAGAAGUUUGCAGAAAAGCAAGGUAGGCCGGCAACCUUCUACACCCCCGUCACCACGGCGAUACCCUUCGCUAAAUGGGGAGUAGAUCUUUUGGGACCACUACCACAAGCCCCAGGACGCCACAAGUACUGCAUAGUCGCCAUUGACUAUUUCACUAAGUGGAUGGAGGUUGAGCCGCUGGAACGAUCACAGAAUACCAAUGUCGCCGAUUUUUAUGGGAAAGGAUAA